AUGAAGGAGGCCGCGGCGGAUCUGGGGCACCUGCUGGUGUUCGCCUUCCUCUUCUGCGUGGGCGCCUUCAUGGUGGCGCCGGUGAUCACCGACGUGACCAUGGCGGCGCUCUGCCCCGGCCAAGACCAGUGCUCCCUCGCCAUCUACCUCACCGGCCUGCAGCAAGCCAUCACCGGGCUGGGGGCGCUCGUGGUGACGCCGGUCAUCGGCAACCUCUCCGAUAGAUACGGCCGCAAGGCGCUGCUCGCUCUCCCGGCGACCUUGUCCAUCGUUCCACUGGCCAUCAUGGCUUUUAACCAGACGAGGCCGUACUUCUACGCCUUCUACGUCGCCAAGACGCUGACGGCGAUGGUCUCCGAGGGCGCCAUGAUGUGCCUCUCCCUCGCCUACGUGGCCGACAAGGUGCCGGAGGGGCGGCGAGCGGCGGCCUUCGGGGUGUUCUCCGGCGUCUGCACCGCCGGCUUCGUAGGCGGCACCAUCGCGGCCCGCUUCCUCUCCGUGUCCUCUACAUUCCAGGUGGCGACGUUGGCGUCGGUUGCUGCGGCGGUAUACCUGAGGGCCUUCGUCCAGGAGACGGACCGCGGAGCCUCGCUGCUGCGUGACCAGGAGGCCUCGCGCCUGCUCUUCCCUCCCUCCUCUAGCCCCGAGGAGGCGUCGCCGAGGCUCCCGCCUCUCCGGAAGGUGCCGUCGCUGUCGGAGAUGGCCACCCUUCUUACCAGCAGCUCAACUUUCACGAGAGCAGCGGUCGUCACAUUUUUCCACGGCCUUGGCGAAACAGGCCUGCAAACUGCAUUACUGUAUUUCCUGAAGGCCCAAUUCCACUAUACCAAGAACCAGUACGCUAAUUUGUUGCUUAUUAUUGGCAUUACAGGAAGUUUCUCACAGCUGACCGUGAUGCCUCUCUUAGCGCCGAGGCUGGGUGAGCAGAAGCUACUUGUCGUGGCACUUACAGGCAGCUGCGUGCAUGGAUUCCUAUACAGCAUUGCAUGGUCAUUCUGGGUUCCUUAUCUUGCUGCAAGCUGUGUGAUUCUAAGCAUUUUGGUCGGCCCUUGUAUAAGGAGCAUUGUAUCAAAAAAAGUAGGGCCUUCUGAGCAGGGAAUGGUUCAAGGCUGUAUUACAGGAAUCAGCUCAACUGCAAGUGUCAUAUCUCCUCUAGUUUUUACUCCGCUCACAGCAUGGUUCCUAUCAGAGACGGCACCUUUCAACUUCAAAGGUUUCAGCCUGGCUUGUGCUGGAUUUGCUACGUUGGUGGCACUCACAAUGAGCAUUAAUAUGAGGCCAGCAGAGGUUCAGCCAGAUACCAGAUAG